AUGAACGAGGAAUUUGCCAACCCAAACGAGAUUCGGCCGGCUCGACGACCGAAUCGAAUUCAACAGAAUCUGCCACCGCAGCCACGGCCACGAACGUGCCAGCCGCAUUCACUUGAAGCUUGGUAUUGUGAAGCACCUGAGAGCCAAAACGAACCUCGACUUUGUCAACAGCUCCACAUCGAAGUUGAUCUCUCAGAGGAGGAAGACGCUAAUCAAGCUCCACUUAUGCCAAUAGAAGAAAUGGAACAGUUGGUUGAACAAGAGCCCGCUUCGGUUGCAAAGAUGCAAGUCCUUGUAUUGGAGGAAUGGGAUCAACAUCAAGUGGACGAAGAUGAAGAAGAGCCAUUGAUAGAAGGGCAAGGAGAAUUAGAUGUCCCAGAAGCUGUUGCUGAAGAGGUUGUGCAGGCGCAACCGAUUAUGCAUUCGCGACCACACAGACAGAAACGACGAUUUGAGCCAAAUGAAAGUCCUAGACACAGACCGCUCGUAAAGGCGCCGCGAAAUGAGAUUAAAAGUGAAGAUAUGGAAGCGGAGUACGCGGUAAUCGCAAAUACACUUUCCAUGGACCCAUCACAGCUAUGUUUAUUGUGUGGAAAUGAAAUUAAAGACGAAAUGAUUAGCGUGUCAGGAGAUCAUGUUCAUAUAUGGGCGGAAAAGAUUACAGCAGAUUUUAUUGCUAGAUAUGUAGAUGUGGGAGCUACUUCGUUGGAAGUGCUGCAUUCCCGAAUAAAAAUAGGACUAACCACCAAUGCGGAUAAGGGAUUUGCCUUUUGCCGAGAACACUUUCUUGUCAGUGACAAUAUUUCGAUUCUUUCAUUGAACGCUGAAUUUUUCGCUUUGCCUUUUCACAUGUUCACCACAUCAGACAAGCAUCAGUCGCCACGACUUCAUGUAACGAUACCGGAGAUAUGGAAAGCCAUCAUUCUGGAACAAUUGCCUGCUCGCCGCAAUAUGAACAACUCCCCACGACAGCACUUUAAUGAUAUAAAAUUCUGUCUUCGACAUUUUGUGCCAACAAGUUUCCAAUGGUUUAAUGGUGGUGUGAAGUUUGUUGGAACUGAUGAUGAUUUUCCCCUUUCCAACUAUUUCGCUUCUCCAUUCUUAGAACCGCAAUACAAGGAGGCUGUAGAUGAACUGUUUGCGGCGGUUCCUAACAGCGAAAAAGGAAUAAUGGAUACAUGGCACACAAAAUUGCUUGACAACUCAAAGUGCAAUAUUUGCAAUAGAGUUGUCUCCACAAGUGUUAAUUCACUUCUUCAUCACAUGCACGAACGCAGUGGAAGAUUGCUGUGCAUGAUAUGCCAAAAGACAUUCCCAUGUGAUAUAAAUGAUUUGAGCGACACUUUGUUUUUAAAUCAUAUUGGGCAAUUCCAUAAAAACAUUGUCUACGAUUUUGAGUGCAUAUUUGGCUGUGAGAGGCGGUAUAAAUGCCCGACAACGUUUCGCCAACAUCUUUUUAGCAGCCACAUUGAUGAGCUGUCAUUCCAUUCCGACUGCGGGUUAUCUUUCGCGCAUGCGGAUAAAUAUGAUUCGCAUAUUUCAUGCCAUAUCAGAAAUAACGUCUCAGACUGCUGUAUCACAUGUGGACUAGCCAAUUCGUCGAUUAUUAUUAGUCAAGGAAACGUUUUGUCGCACGAUGUCAUUCAUUCAAUCGAAAUGGCGGCGUCCUGCAACAUUUGCAGUUCAAUAUUUGAGGGCGCUUCGAAGGUGCCGAUACUGAAAUGGGCAAAGCUAACACCAGGUGUGCAGAAAGACAUUUAUGUUCAAUCAAACGCCGAUUUGUUCAGAGGCUAUACUCAACUUCUUUAA